UCUUUUGUUCUCUCUCUCUCUCAACUGUGUUUUUACUUUCCUGAUAAGUCGCACAUUCCUCAUUGAUUUCUCUAUCUUUCGGUUACGAAAACAUCAUGUACGAAUCCAGCGAUGCAUAAGCUUCUGAUCGAUUGCAAUUUUGAUACUUAAUGCUUCCAUUUUCAACCGAGUUUGACUCCUGUUUGAUUCACUGAGUUGGGCAAUCUUUUAUAAGAAAAGAAACAUGUUGGAGGCAAUGGAGAGUUCAGUCAAUGGCGACGGUUUCUCGCAGUUACAGAGCUAUGGGGACAGUAGCGAAGAAGAGCUAUCGGUGUUGCCACGUCAUACUAAGGUGGUCGUCACUGGAAAUAACCGUACUAAAUCGGUGCUCGUUGGUCUUCAAGGCGUUGUCAAGAAGGCUGUUGGACUUGGCGGAUGGCAUUGGCUGGUUCUUACCAAUGGCAUAGAAGUAAAACUACAGAGAAAUGCCCUCAGCGUGAUCGAAGCCCCUACUGGUAAUGAAGAAGACGAUGACAUUGAAUUUGAAAACAUGCAGUGGAACAUAUCAGACAUGGCUUCUGAUGACACUCAAAAGUCUCACAGAUCAAGGCGUAAAAUGCAUAAGUUGCUCGGGUCUUGUUACAAAACAGGGAGCAGGUCUCUUUCUUGUGACUCACAGUUUAAGGGGUCUGUUUCUGCACCCCGGGGGUCCAUGAAAGUUGACCUCAGCAAACUAGAGAUGGCUGCUUUAUGGAGAUAUUGGCGACACUUCAAUCUUGUAGAUUCCAUUCCCAAUCCAUCGAAAGAGCAACUAGUUGAUGUGGUUCAGAGACAUUUCAUGUCACAGAAAAUAGAUGAACUGCAGGUAAUUGUGGGAUUCAUUCAGGCAGCUAAGAGAUUGAAGACUGUUUGUAAAUGAACCGAGGAAGACAGCCCCUAACAGAUACUAGGGUAUCCUAAUGUCAUCUUCCCGUGAAUGUGAUAUAUAUAUAUAUAUAUAUAUAUAUAUAUUUGUGAUGUGUGGUAUCUCUGUUAAUUAGGCUUAGUAAUUUUACUAUGUUAUAGAGGUUGUUCCAUUUUGGUAGACUAGUUUAUGUAGAUAUAAAAUCCAAAACAUCGUUACAAUGCAAGACCUCUUUAAGAUCUCA